CUUUCCUCUGCCGUAAAGCAAGUUUCAAUUUUCAGAUCUGAAUCAUGUCCGACGGAAACGCACAGCCUUCCGGCCUGGCCGCCAAGGUGGACAAAAAGCGCAAGAGGCAGGCCGAGGAAUCCAACUCCAAGACGGAGCAGCAGAUCAAGUCGACUGGCAACAAUGCCUCGGAUGGACCGAAGAACAAGAAGAGAAAGGACAACAGCAAGGGCAAGUUCGAUAAGAAGAAGGGUGGAAGUAAGGGCAAGGACAACAAGGACAAGCCGAAGCAGCCCAAGCAGCCCCAAGAGACCAAGGCAACAGAGGUCAAAGGCAGCAUCGAUGAAGCGAUCGGAAAGAUGGACGGUCCAUUGUUGGCCGAUCACUUCGCCCAGAAGGUUCGCCGGCAUAACAAGGAGAUCACUGCUGUUGAGCUGAGUGAUCUCUCCGUGCCGGACUCCGCAUUCCUCGAUACCUCGUCCUUCGAAUCUGCCCGCAACCUUGAAAACCUCCCCGCUUUCCUGAAAGCCUUCAGUCCCGAGAAGGGCGCGCAUCUGUCGAAAUCGUCUGAGGAGAAGGGAACCCCCCAUACGCUGGUGAUUGCCGGUGCUGGUCUCCGGGCCGCCGAUGUCGUCCGAGCCCUCCGCUCAUUCCAGAACAAGGAAUCUAUCGUAGGCAAGUUGUUCGCUAAGCACAUCAAGCUGGAAGAAGCCAAGCAGUUCUUGGAGCGGGCACGCAUGGGCAUUGGAGCCGGUACCCCAGCCCGCAUCUCGGACUUGAUCGAUUCAGGGUCUCUUAAACUCGGCGAACUGGAACGCAUUGUCAUCGACGGCUCUUACGUUGACCAGAAGCAGCGCGGCAUUUUUGAUAUGAAGGAGACGCACCUCCCUUUGCUUCAGCUGCUCACGCGGCCUGAGUUCAAGGAUCGUUACGGUGCAAAGGUGAAGGGAAUCAAAAUCAUGGUAUUCUAAAAAAAAAAAAAAAAGCA